AAAAUUCAAUAUUCAGCAUGUUCCGGAUAACAUCGUUGAUUUCUAGUAGAUCCAAUAUUGUCUGGCGAUACACGUGCUUUGGAACCUACGCUACGAAAUCCAUCAGACGCCCGACUCCAGAGCCAACGGAAAAGGUGCCCGACGUGAGCACCUUCCUCCAAAAAAUUGGCCGUGGUGUGUCUGAAUACACAGACACUUUUGAGAAUGACUGGCAGAAAUUUUGGGACCUGGGCUCUUCAGGGAUGAAAAAACAGGGACUAGAGCCUCGUGCCAGAAAAUAUAUUCUCGACUGGCAGGAAAGAUAUAGAAAGGGUGCCGAGUUGCACGAGAUCCCAAGGGGCGAGAAACUCCACGGGGGAGAGCGCAAAAGAAGAAUUUACCUUGCCGAGAAAAGGCUCAAGGAGGCUAGAGAGCUUGCUCAGCUGAAGAGACGGUUCAAGAUCCAGAGCAAUGAGGAAAGGAGAAAGAGAGAGAGGUUUGAGAGAUUGCACCAGAUGAAUAUGUAAAUAGAACAGCAAGAUAAUCACACGAAAUUUGAAUGGUAGUCGUACUGGUGCUGAACAGACUGUGUACUCAACAUAGGGCUGAAUUGAUACGCUCAAUAACUCUGGCUCAUUCUAUAGGCCAGCCAUGAUAAAUGGCAGCUCGACCUUGAGAAACACCAUCCCUCACUUUUUUUAUUCAUUCAGAUUCACG